AGAGAAGGAGGGGAUUUAAAAAAAGAGGGUGUCGGCGGGGAGUCAUCUACAAAGAACCCGACAUCAGCGGUAAUACUGAAAGCUCCGACGCGGGGAGAGCGGUGUGUCGACACGGUCCGACGUCUUUUAUUGAAACAGACGAGACCGGACGGAGCCGAAGCGCAGACAGCCCGCAGGAGAGACCGGAGACCGACCGUGCCCGAAGCGCCAUGAAUCCCGAAUAUGACUACCUGUUCAAGCUGCUCCUGAUCGGCGACUCUGGAGUGGGCAAGUCCUGCCUCCUGCUGCGGUUCGCGGACGACACGUACACGGAGAGCUACAUCAGCACCAUCGGGGUCGACUUCAAGAUCAGGACCAUCGAGCUGGACGGGAAGACCAUCAAGCUGCAGAUCGUGAGUGAGGGGCCGCCGGCACCCCCGCGCCGGAGGGGAGCAGGCUCACGCGCGGAUCGGAGGGAGGGAGCGAGCGCCACAGCGGGGUUUUGCGAGAGGCUGGGAUCUGACAUAUACGUCAUGAGCUCUUUGAACCUGCAGCGCCAUGCCCCUGCCUCUCUCUGCUCGCAGGAGUUUGCGGACUCGUUGGCCAUCCCCUUCCUGGAGACCAGCGCCAAGAACGCCACCAACGUGGAGCAGGCUUUCAUGACCAUGGCGGCCGAGAUCAAGAAGCGCAUGGGCCCCGGGGCCACCGCGGGGGGGGACAAGCCCCACCUCAAGAUCGAGAGCACCCCGGUCAGGCAGUCUGGGGGGGGCUGCUGCUAGAACCAGCCCCUCCCCGCCUCAUGUACCCCCUUGUACCCCUCUCCCUCUCGGAUUGAAACUCCCCCACUACCCACCCUCCCCAUCUGCGCAGCCGGGAUCCCCGCUUCACCCUUACCCUUUGAAUAAGGGUACCCCAAAAGUGGGUUUUGGGGGGGGGGGAGGGGUGGAGGGUUGGGCAGUAUGCUUUAGUGAGGUCCAGGCUAUGACCCUCCCCUCUGACCUCUGACCUCUGACCCCUGUCCCUCCCCCCAGCCCACGAACACAGCAUGGGUGUGGGCUUGACGCGUUGUGGGUGAGCUUGCCCAGACGGAACGGGGGGGGGGACAUUGUCUGGCUUGUCCCCCACGGCCUGCACCCCCUCUCCCAUACGCGCGCGCGCACACACACACACAGACACGCGCAGGGGCCGGGGCAGGCCGGCUGUGGGAGAAUCUGGUGGGGGGAACGGGGGGUGGGAUAUAGAGGUCUCCCGUGAGGUGGAUGGGGGUUCAGGGGGGGACCUAGAAAAUACACUGAACCUCAUAAAACCUCCCCCCGUCCCACACACACACACAGACACACACACACACACUCCAGGGAGAGAGAGAAAAGAGAGGGGGAUGUUCAGAUUUAGGCUCAAUUUGGGAAUUUUUUUUUACCAGCUGGAGGGAGAGGAAGGGAAUUAGUGGGUACAGGGGGCGAUCUGGGGGCCUCACAUCCCCGAUUCCCCCGCGGAGGAAGUGAGGAGGAGGAGGAGGAGGAGGGAGAAGAGGAGGCCCCCCAGGUAGUUGGAGAAAGUGGGGUGGGGUUUGGGCUGGUUUGGGGAUUUUGGGGGGACUGUGGGGGUGGGGGUGGGGUGGGGAGAGGGAGGCUGCGUUAAAGGAGGUGGGACCUUGCGGACACUGAAGUGACCACAGCAGCACGAGCCGCAGGGACAGGUCAGCGACGAGCUCGGCUGUGUCCAGUGCCCUCGUCUUCACCGCCCCACCCCGCUUCCUUUGUCGUCGUUACUGUCGUCGUUGUCAUAGUUUUAUUUUUUGGUGUUUUUAUUAACUGUGAUUUUUUUUUUUUAACCUCUGGAUUUUACUUUUCUAACCUCUGGCUUUGUACAGUUCCUGGGUGGCGAUGAGAGGGCUGGGGGGGGGGAUGGGGGUGUAGUUUAAGAUAAUGUGGUCCUUUUCUCCGGUCGGACUGUCUCUGUGAAAGGCCUCUUCUCAGCCUGGCUGAGCUGCGUAUAUAUAUAUAAAUAUUUAUGUGCGUGA